AAUAUUUUCUUGAGCAAGAGAUAUAAAUAAGUCCAUUUUCUUACACGGCAAUGGCACAAUUCAUCAUGAAUCAUAAUUACAUUAUUAUUUUAUUUCUUACACUUUUCCUCACACAUGUUAAAAAAACUUUUGGAUGUCAUCCUGCUGGAGAGUUUUUUUCAUCUGGAGCUGAGGUUCAAAAUGCGACAUUUUCAUCGAGCCAAAUCAGUAUUACGACUUUUGCCCCCAAUUCAUUUAAAAAUGAUGGAAUGUAUACAGACGCACUUGGCCACUUUACCUUUGAUUAUACUGAUUUUGCUGGUGGCAUUUAUUACAGUGGCCAUGUGCGUAUUUUACAUGAUCCUAAAUUUGUUAAUGACCAUAAAUGUACCGAUACAGAGAAAAAUAAGACGGAUACCACUGAUAGAGUUCCUACAUUGGAACAGAAGCAUUCGCAAGAUGAUAAUACUAAUAACAAUUCUUCUAACUUCAAUUCGGGUGUAGACCAUGUUUGCAAAACAAAUGAGGAUAAGGAGAUGGACGCUUUCUUGGUCGACGUAAAUAAGAAAAGCAUUGAAAUUGUUAAUAAUAUUGAGGUGCCAGAUGGGCUAGGGAGUCGAAUCAUUGAUGGAAGUAAUCCUCAGAUUUAUCUUGCGAAAUGGUUGUAA